AUGCCCGCCGCUAAAGGAAAGAAGGUUGCUCCCGCCCCCUCUGCUGCCAAGGUCUCCAAGACCGAGGAUGCUAAGAACCCUCUCUUUGAGAAGAAGGCCAAGUCUUACGGCAUUGGUCAGUCCAUCCAGCCUAAGCGAAACCUCUCCCGAUUCGUCAAGUGGCCCGAGUACGUUCGACUCCAGCGACAGAAGAAGAUUCUGAGCAUGCGACUCAAGGUUCCUCCUUCUCUCGCUCAGUUCUCCAACACCCUGGACAAGAACACCGCUGCCCAGACCUUCAAGCUCCUCAACAAGUACCGACCCGAGACUAAGGAGGAGAAGAAGGAGCGACUCACCAAGGAGGCCGAGGCUAUCGCCGCCGGCAAGGACAAGAAGGACGUCUCCGAGAAGCCCUACGUUGUGAAGUACGGUCUCAACCAUGUUGUCUCUCUGGUUGAGAACAAGAAGGCCAACCUCGUCCUCAUUGCCAACGAUGUCGACCCCAUCGAGCUCGUUGUCUUCCUCCCUGCCCUCUGCCGAAAGAUGGGUGUCCCUUACGCUAUUGUCAAGGGUAAGGCCCGACUCGGUACUCUUGUCCACAAGAAGACCGCUGCCGUCGUUGCCAUUACCGAGGUCAAGUCCGAGGACCAGGCUACUCUUGCCACCCUCGUCUCCACCAUCGAGGCUAACUUCAACGAGAAGUACGACGAGUCUCGACGAAAGUGGGGCGGAGGUAUUCUCGGCCGAAAGGCUCUCGACAAGCUCGAGAAGAAGCAGAAGGCUCUCGAUGCCGUCAUCAAGAUCUAA